UACUGGGUCUUCUAAAUGCUCUUUAGUACGAGAAAGAAGACGACUAAAUCUCUUUAGAAGUACCGGGUCUUCUAAAUCUCAGAGAGACGAAAAAUUCACAUUUAGAUCACAUGUCAUAGAGCUCGACCCAUGAAUGUUCUUGUCAUACUAGAUUUGGUGCAGUAUUUUGCCUGGCAGUGGUUGCAUUCAUCGAAAUUAAAGUGUUGUAGAGCUAAAACCUUUGAGUUUGAUGUUCUCUUCUUUGUGCUUCCACGUAUAGACAAACUUAAGCGGAUUUGAUUCCGAGAAAGACUAAAAACCUUCGGUUGAACUCCUGCAAAUCUUAGACUUCUAGAUCAAUUUCCGUAUUAAAUUUGUUGCCUAGACUUCGAAGUCAGUGCAACUUGAGCUCGUAGAGCUCUGCUGACUGUGCACUAUCCGUAUUAUUCGCAAUUCGUAGACGAUAAUCAAAAAGUGCAAGAACCUAAUUAUCCCAAAUUCUACCAAAUUCGCGUUGAUCUUACCGUAUUGAAUUCGCUCUAAAACACAAUCCAAGGAAAAAUCUAAAACUCGACUAUCGUGCGAGAAAGAACCAAAAUCUCGUCUGCGAGAGAUCUGUGUGUAAAAUCCCAUUGGGCUUGCAAAAUUGGCGCAC